AUGGACCAUUUCUCGUGGUCAGACGGCAUACGCGCCGUACUGUCACCGUGCCUACCAUGUUUUCGACCCUCCUCACCGCCUGCCGAUAAUGAACACCGCGUGCGUCCCGAACUUGAGGGCUUACUGGCCGAUAUCGAGACCGACACCGAGGCGGAGACGGUGUCGCUGCACUCAAAUCUGGGGGACAGGAACCGGCGGAAAAAGAAGAAGAGGAGGAACAACAAGAGCAUCAGUAUCUUCGGGUACGAUCUCUUCGGCCGCCCGCCUAUCCAGCUGCCCGAGUCGGACGAUGAACUCGAAGGAGGUGGCAGGAGACGUACACGCUCCGGACAACUAACGGUGUCCUCAUCGACGACGCUUGACUCAGAUGCGGCCCCGCUCGACCCCGCCACGAUUGACCAGCUGCCUAAUAUGCAGCUGAGAGCCGCGGCCGAGGCAGAACAGCGCCGGCAGAAGGAGGAGAAGAGGGCACGGAGAAGGGAGAGGAAGGAGAUGAAGAAACUUGCGGCGGCGCUUGCGCUGGAGAGCGCGGAGGGCGGCGACUUCGAGGGCUUCCCUGGGAGCGGGUCGGGCGGCGCACACGGGAAUAUUCCCUCGCCGUUCAUGCCGGGCUCGUCGCAGGGCGACUCCAGCCACUCCGGUCCAUCGAAGUCGGGGCGCGGCGACCAGCCCGAGUUUCAAGCCGACGUGGACGACGAGGACGCGGAUUUUGGGGGCGACUUCUAUGCGAAACGCGCUACCGGGAAUGGCUCGGAUCGAGGCUCGGACUCGCGCUCGCGCACGAGCGCGUCGCUGUCGAACAGCGGCGACCCGGCGAGGAUGUACAAUCACCAUUACACUUCCCAAUGCCAAUCGUCUCCUCUCGCUCAGGAAGAGUUCGUUCAUCCUGGCCACGAGCCGCUACCGAAGAAGAAGAAAAAGAAGUCGAAGUCCUCCUCUGCGAGAGACUCUGCAUCCGCAUCGUCGACCUCCCAGUCCCAGUCUCUGCCCUCACCUAUAAACUCAAACUUCUCCGAGUCUCACCCUGAGAUCGCGGCGCCGUCGCCUAUGCUAGCACCUGGUGAAAACCGUGGGGGAUUUCCCAGCGCUGGGUUUGGUGUAGGCCCCGGCGGCAUGAGGCGCAAAACCAGCGACAUGGGUGUCUUCCUGGCGCGUAGAGGGGACGAGUGA